AUGAGAAUCACGGUCGUUGGAUUUAUUUGUUUCCUGGGAUUUUCAUUGGCUAUUCAAUACACUCCACGCACUCUGCGUAGCCAUCUUAACCUGGAUAUCGAUAUUACCACUUUCCCCGCAUACACCGCCAACCACUUCCACAACCGCGUAGACCACUACAACGAAUCCGACACGCGUGAUUUUCCUCAGCGCUACUGGGUUAACAGCCGCCACUACGACGGUGCCCCCAAUCCUCCUAUUUUCCUCCUCGAGGCAGGUGAGACAGACGGGGUAGCCCGACUCGACGCUCUCGACCGCGGGAUUGUCAAUCAUCUUGCACAAGCCACCAAUGGUAUUGCAAUUGUCCUCGAGCACCGCUACUAUGGUGAUUCUCUCCCCUUCAAAAUUUUCACCCAAGACACUCUGCGCUACCUAACCUACAACCAGUCAUUAGAGGAUAGUGUGAAAUUUGCGCGUGAUUUUCAUACUCUGUACCACCCUCACAGUGCCAGCUUGAACACCGCACAAUUGAACCACUCGCGCUGGAUCGUCUAUGGGGGCAGCUACGCGGGAGCACGAGCCGCACACCUACGCACGCUUCACCCUGACGUAUUUUUUGGUGGGAUAGGCAGCAGUGCUGUUGUGCACGCAGAGGAUGAUUACUGGCGGUAUUUCGACAUGAUACGGCUGCAUCAGGAUGGUGGCUGCGUUAAUGCACUCAGUCAGGCCGUACAACUCAUCGACGCUGUCCUCGAUCUUCCCUUGGCUCUCCCCAAACACGCACUCAAACGUCUCUUCGGUCUAAGCGGGCUGUCCGACGAGGACUUUGUCGAUACCAUCACAUAUCCCCUCGCUUUCGUGCAGGGUGAGAACUGGGAUGAGGAGGUGUCUGCACAUGAGUUCCAGUCGUUCUGCAACGCUACUGCGGGUGAUGGACUGGUGAAACGACUGCUUACUUUCACUCCCAAUUUCACUCUCAUUCCUACUUGCCCACCCUCAGCCUCACUCCCACUUGGCCACGCGGCUUACGCUCUCGUACAGUAUGCGUGCUGGAUAGACAAGCACGUGGCAACGCAGCUGCGAGCGGCCCAAGUGAGAGACAGGGAUGCAACCAACGCCGACGCCAGUGCACCAUCGAGCAUGCGCGCAUGGGGGUAUCAAGUAUGUACGCAAUGGGGGUAUUUCCAAGGAGCGCCUCCUGUGACAGCGCGUGAGGCCUAUGCACACAGACUAGUAUCGAAGCGGCUCACCCUAGAGCAGACGUCGAGCUACUGCCUGCGCGACUACAAUAUUACCCACCGGCCGCAUAUAGAGGAAGUGAACUCGUUGGGUGAUUUUCAAACACACGCCCAUCGCCUCGCAUUUAUCGACGGUAGUGCAGAUCCAUGGAGAGAGGCGACGGCGCAUUCAUCUCGAGCUGCUGAUCGCCUCGAUAGCAUCGGUGAGCCUUCCAUUGUGAUUCCUAAAGGCACACACCACUGGGAUGAGAAUGGCUGGUUGGAUCGCACGCAGGAGCCACCGCUUAUUAGAAAUGUGCAUGACUACGCUGUUUCUUUCGUGUCGAGUUGGUUGGAGGAGCGUGUAUAA